AGAGAGAAGGCUGGAUACUGACUAGCAACUCGAGGAUAUGUAGCACACAUUUUAUAUCUGGCAAGCCAUCAGAUGACCCUCUAAGUCCAGACUACAUUCCAUCAAAGCUUCCAUACAGACCUGACCCCUCCAGAAAAAUGGACCGAUAUCAGAGGUCUCUGAGACGAGCAUCAGAGGUAUAUGAGAUGAACACUGCGGAGGAAGUAGAGGACAUGGACACAGAUGUAACAGAAGUUAAGUCUUACAGUGAUAUGUGUGUUGGAACAGAUGUCACUAUGAGGGAUAUUGAAGACAUGGAGAAACUGAACACAUCUUACAAAGACCAAGUGAGAAGCCUAGAGUCAAAGGUUCAAACACUCACCUGUGAGAGGAAACAACUGAAAUCCGAUGUGGAUUUAAAGGAUGAUCAAAUCAUUCACUUCUACACUGGCCUUCGCUCAUCCAAAGUCUUCUUCGCACUUCUGACAUAUCUCACCACUGCUUGGAGUCCGAGAACACUGAGCCCUCCAACAGCUCUCCAGUUUUACUUAGUCUUAAUGAAACUGAGACUUGGCCUCACUCAUAAAGAUCUUGCCUUCAGGUUUCAUUGCAGUUGUGCAACAAUCUCUACAAUAUUUCAUGACUGGUUGAACAUCAUGGCACAGCGUUUCACCUCUCUAAUUCAUUGGCCUUCAAGGGAAGAAAUUAAAAAGAAUCUUCCUACCCUGUUCAGAAGCCCCCCUUUCAAUGCAGUGAGGUGUAUCAUAGACUGCAGCGAGAUAUUCAUUGAUCGACCAACAUCACUCAGUGCAAGAGCAAUGACCUACUCCAACUAUAAGUCCCACAACACCAUCAAAUUCCUGGUUGGCAUCAGUCCAGUAGUUUAUCUUGUGACCGUAAACUAUGAUUCUCAUCAAACAAAUGUGUAA